AUGGGAGAUGAUGGUGUGACAUCAUCAUCUGCUACCAUGAUGGAAGCUCCACCACCUGAUGGAACAACAACUUCAAUGGAUUUUGACUACAUGGGUGAGCUUUUCUUAGAUGGGUGUUGGUUGGAAGCCUCUGCUGAUGGAUUUGACUUCUUGCUGGAAAGUCCUUCCUUUUCCUAUCCCCUCUUUGACCCUUCAUUCUCCUGGCCUGCCUUGGAGACCAACCACAAUGAAUCCCAGGGUGCUGCUUUUGGAACACAACAAGAAGGCCACAACAACAACAUGGUUAAUGUUGUUGUUGCUUGUGGUGGAGGUGGUCAGCAGUUUCAGCCUGAAACUAUUUCAAUUGAAGGUGCAUCUGAAGGGGUCAGAAGGUGGUGGUUUGCACCCACACCUAGUCCUGCACCUGGACCUUCUAUAAUGGAGAAGCUGCUUAGGGCCCUCAUGUGGAUCAAAGAUUACAAUAGGAACAAAGAUAUGCUUAUACAGAUAUGGGUGCCGGUACUUAGAGGGGGUAGGCCGAUUCUCGCAGCUAAUGAUCUUCUGUUCUCACUUGAUUCAAGGUCUGUGAACCUUGCAAAGUACCGUGAAAUCUCUGUGGGGUAUGAGUUUUCUGCUGAGGAGGGUGAGGUCAAGGAGUUGGUGCCAGCAGAGGAGGGUGAGUCCAAGGAGUUGUUGCCAGGAUUGCCCGGUAGAGUGUUUAGGGACAAGGUUCCUGAGUGGACUCCUGAUGUUAGAUUCUUUAGGAGUGAUGAGUACCCGCGAGUUGACCAUGCUCAAGAGUAUGAUGUGCGCGGGUCACUAGCAGUUCCAAUCUUCGAGCAAGGGAGCAAGAUGUGCUUGGGGGUUAUUGAGGUUGUGAUGACUACUCAGCAGAUCAACUAUGGUCCUGAACUUGAGAGUGUUUGCAAAGCACUUGAGGCUGUGGAUCUUAGAAGCUCCAAACAAUUAAGUAUUCAGAAUGUGAAGGAAUGCAACAGGUCCUAUGAAGCUGCACUACCUGAGAUUCAACAGGUGUUGAGAUCUGCAUGUGAAAUGCACAAAUUACCUUUAGCUCAAACUUGGAUCCCAUGUGUCCAACAAGGCAAAGAGGGGUGUCGACACUCUGAAGAUAAUUAUCUACUUUGUAUAUCACCUGUGGAGCAUGCUUGCUAUGUUGGUGAUCCCAAAAUCAGGUCUUUUCAUGAGGCUUGCACUGAGCAUCACUUGUUGAAGGGUGAAGGUGUUGCCGGGGGAGCUUUUAUGACCAACCAACCAUGUUUCUCAGAUGACAUAACUUCCUUAAGCAAGAAAGACUAUCCACUGUCUCAUCAUGCGAGGUUGUUUGGAUUGCGUGCUGCUGUUGCCAUCCGCUUGCGAAGCAUCUAUAGUAGCACCGAUGACUUUGUUCUAGAGUUUUUCUUGCCUGUGGAUUGCAAUGACAGUGAAGAGCAGAGAAAGAUGCUUACUUCAUUGUCCACCAUUAUACAAAGGAUUUGUCGCAGCUUGCGGGUUAUAAGUGAUAAUGAAUUGGAGGAAGCUAAGUUGUCAACUGAUAAAGUGAUAUCCGUUGCAGAUAGUGGAUUUUCUAGGAGUGCAAUUUGCGAGGAACUUCAGCACAAAGGGAUAGUUUCCUCGUUGGAUACUGAAGAAAAAUUAAGUGAAACAAUUGGUAGAAAGUUCUCGGAUCCAAGGCAGCAACAAGAAAGUCUUAUCUUAAAAGGAAACCCUGACUGUGUCAGGGAGUGUUCUACUUCUGUUGAGGGUAACUUAUCAAGUGUGGGAAUUAGUAAAAUGGGAGAGAGAAGACGGGCAAAAGCAGAGAAAACUAUCACUUUGCAAGUUCUUCGACAAUAUUUUGCCGGAAGCCUAAAAGAUGCUGCAAAGAAUAUCGGUGUGUGUACUACAACCCUGAAAAGGAUCUGCAGGCAACACGGGAUAAAACGUUGGCCAUCCCGAAAGAUAAAAAAGGUUGGUCACUCCUUACAGAAACUUCAACUUGUCAUUGAUUCGGUUCAAGGUGCAUCUGGCGCAUUUCAAAUCGAUUCCUUCUAUUCAAACUUCCCGGACCUAGCUUCUCCAAAUUUAUCAGGAGCCACCCUGUUCUCAACUUUGAAUCAAACAACUGAUAAUCCAAACAGCAUAAGCAUACAGCCAGAUCCUGGUGCAUUGAGUCCAGAAGGCACAUCAAAAUCACCCUCUUCGUCUUGCACUCAGAGUUCCACUUCAAGCCAUUCCUGCUCCAGCAUGUCUGAGCUACAGCAGCAUCACACAACUAACAUUGCCGGUAGCAAAGAUCCCACCAUGGCUGGUGAAGAUUCUGCUGAUGUUGUGUUGAAGAGGAUCAGGAGCGAAGCAGAGGUUAAAAGCUUGAAUCAGGAUAAAGGAAAGGUCUUGACAAGAUCACUUAGCCAGGAAACACUGGGUGAACACCUAAAAAAUCAGUAUCAACGACCCUUAUUGAAAACAAGUAGCAAGGUGGAUGCUCAGAGAGUAAAAGUCACAUAUGGUGAUGAAAAAACCCGGUUUCGGAUGCCCAAGAAUUGGGGCUAUGAAGAUCUUCUGCAGGAAAUUGCAAGGAGAUUUAAUGUGAGUGACAUGGGCAAAUUUGAUGUCAAAUACUUGGAUGAUGAUUGUGAGUGGGUACUACUCACUUGUGAUGCUGAUUUAGAGGAGUGCAUUGAUGUUUGUCAAUCUUCUGAGAAUGGUACCAUCAAACUUAGCCUACAAAAUUCUAGUCAUAGUAUGAGAAGUUCUUUAGAAUUUAGAUAA